AUCGCAACCGCCAUGUCGUUCGACUUCGCCGCGCUCCUCUCGCCUGACAACGCCGUUCGCAAGUCGGCGGAGAGUCAGUUCGAACAGUGCCGCCAGGCGCAGCCUCAGCUCGUCGCGACGCAGCUCGUCGCCGCGCUCUCGCAGCCGGGCGGCUCGCCGACGUCUGAGCUGUGCGCCGUGCUCGCGCGACGGUACCUGCCGCCGCUGUUUGCACUGGCCGAGAUCCACUUCUCUCUCGAGGCGCGCGAGCACGUCAAGGCGGGCCUGCUCGCUUGCCUCGGCUCCGCCUCGCACCCCCCCUCCCUCCGCCGCAAGCUCUGCUCCCUCGUCGGCCGGCUCGGGGCCGAGUUCCACGCCGCCGGCUCCUGGCCGCAGCUCAGCGCCUUCAUCGCAGCCGCGUGCGCGGACGGCGCCGCGCCGGAGGUGCACGAGUCGGCCCUCUCCGUCCUCAGCCACAUGGCGCCCGCCCUCGUCGAGCCGGCUGCGUGGGCGGCGUGCGGCCAGUCCGUGCAGGCGACGCUGGUCGACGGCCUCGGCGCCGCUCGCGCCCCCGCGGUGCGGCAGGCGGCGCUCGCGUCGCUGGCGGCGCUGCUGCGGACGAGCGCGGCGGCGGAGCAGGAGGCCGAGAGGGAGCUCCGCUCGCCCGCGGACGACAAGGCGCGCAAGGCCGCCAAGGCGUCGCGCAAGGCGCAAAAGGCCAUCGGCCAGUCGCUCGGCGAGGGCCUGCCGGCGAUGCUCGGCGCGCUGGAGGGGGCGCUGCAGGCGGGCGGCACCGACGCGACGGCGGCGCUGGAGAGCCUGGCCGAGGUGGCGGAGAACCAGCCCCGCCUCUUCAGGCCCGUGCUGCCGCAGGUGGUGGAGGGGAUGGCGUCGCUCGCAGUGUCGGCGCAGCUGCCGGCCACGCAGCGGAUCGCCGCCCUCGAGGUCGUCGUCACGCUGGCGGAGACGCAGCCCAAGCUCUGCCUCAAGGUGGAGGGGUUCGCCGCGCGGAUGGUGUCGACCCUCCUCUCGCGGAUGGUCACGCUCGGCGAGGAUUGCGGCGAGUGGGACGAGGCCGAGCCGCCCGACGGGAUGGCGGACGACGACUGCGCCGAGGACGACCUCGAGGCGGGCUACGCGGCCGAGGCGCUCGACCGCGUCGUCAGCGCGCUCGAGGGCGCGGGCGUGGCCGAGGCGCUCCUGCCGCAGCUCGAGGCCCUCGCCAACGGCGCCGCGUGGCAGCAGCGGCACGCCGCGCUGGUGGCGGUCGGGAUGGUGUGCGAGACCUGCGCGGCGAGCCUGCUGCCGCACCUCGCCGCCCUCCUCUCCCUCGUCGCGAGCGGCGCCUCCGCCCCCGAGCCGCGCGUGCGCUGGGCGGCCUGCUUUGCGCUCGGCCUGCUCUCGGACGAGUUCGAGCAGCUCAGCGCGCAGCACCACGCGACCGCCCUCCCGCUGCUGCUGCGCGGGAUCGGAGACGCCUCGCGCCGCGUGCAGGCCGCGUCCGCCCUCGGCGUGAGCAACCUCGCUUCGCAGAUGGAGCGCGAGGCGCUCGAGCCGUACGCGCAGCAGCUGCUCGCUGCGCUGCACGGCCUCCUCGCCGCCUCGCCGCCGCACUACGUCGCCUUCGCCGCCGCCUCGACCCUCUCCCAACUCUUCGACACGCUCGGCGACGGCGUGGCGCCCGUGUACGCCACCUUCAUGCCCAUGCUGCGCUCGUACUUCGAGGGCGCGAUCGGCGCCAAGGCGCACCGGCUCGCGGCGGCGCUGCUCUCCGCCAUCGGCUCGCUCGCGGCGGCGGCGGGCGAGGAGGCCUUCCAGCCCGACGCCGAGGCGACGGUCGCGCCGCUCGUCGAGCUGCUGCUGCGGCAGCGGCCGAUGCUGUGUGAGAGCUCGCUGCUCGAGCCGCUGCACGCCUGUCUCGCCAGGCUGGCGGCGCCGAUGGGCGCGCCGUUCGGGCGCUACUUUGCCGUCGUGCUUCCGACGCUGCUCGAGGCUGCGGGCGUCGAGCCCGAGGUGCAGACGGACUUGGUGGAGGAGCAGCCGGCCGACGGCGAGGAGGAGGAGCACAUCGACACGCACUACGUGCCCAACAAGGGGUGCGGCUUCCUGCGCGCCCAGAUGGAGGAGAAGCUGAUGGGCGUCUCGGCGCUGCACGAGUACGCCGACGCGCUCGGCGCCGGCUUCGCGCCCUUCGUACCCGCUUGCGUCGAGGCGGCGAGCAGCCUGCUCGGCUACAAGUUCCACCCGCGCGUGCGCACCUCGUCCGCCUUUGUGAUGGGCGACGCCGUCAAGGCGCUCGUCGCGGCGGCCAAGGCGGGCGAGCAGGGCGGCGAGGCGUCUGCCGCCUCUCUGGUGGGCUCCGUCCUCAAGCCGCUGAGCGAGGCUGUCCACCGCGAGAAGGAGCUCGAGCCGCUCGACGGCAUGCUGUCGGUGCUGCUCGACGUGCUGCGGCUCCAGCGGCUCGAGGGGUGCGCGCUCCUCUCGCCGCCGCAGCUCAACGGGCUCGUGGCGCUCCUCAAGCACGCGCUCCACCUCGACGCGAGGCGGACCGCGGCGCGCGCCGACGCGGCGGCCGAGGAGGAGGAGGGCGAGGGCGCCGAGCUCGACGAGGAGUGGGAGCUCCUCCUCACCGCCGUGCACACGAUGCGCGAGCUCCUCCGCCUGCACGGCGCCGCCAUCGUCCCCACCCUCGAGGCGCAGCUGCUGCCCGCCGUCGGGCAGUGGCUCGCAGCCGACGAGAACCACCAGGCGGCCUCGCUCUACGCGCUCGCCGAUUUGGUCGAGUUUGGCGGCCAGGACGCGGCAAAGAGGUACACGCAGCUCGCGCUGCCGCACAUCCACGCCGCCGUCGCGCUCGAGGACGGCAAGCAGAAGCGGACGGCCGCGGCGGCGCACGCGCUCGGCGCGGUCGGCAAGCACGGCGGCAAGCUACUCUCGCGCGCGGCGACGGCCGACGCGGCGGCCCGCCUCGCCGCCGUGCUGCAGGCGCCCGACGCGCGCUGCGCCGCGAUGGCGGAGCGGACCGAGGCGGCGGCGCUCGCGCUCGGGAAGCUACUCUCGCACAGGCACGCGCACCUCGAGGCGGCGGGCACGGCGGCGCCGCUCACGCCGCUCUGGCUCUCGCACCUCCCGCUAAAGAAUGCCGACGAGGAGGACGCGCAGGCGGCGCUCCGCUGCCUGUGCGAGGUGCUCGAGCGGGCCGGCGCCGGCAAGCCGGAUCUGCCGCUCGGCGCGGACUUGCCGCUCGCGCUCGGCGUGCUGGGCGCGGCCGCGGCAAAGGAGGCGACGGGCGCCGAGCUGGCGUCCCAGAUGCAGCGGCUGCUGCUCGGCUGGCAGGCGGCGCACCCGGCGGCGCUGCAGGCCAGCGCCGCGGCGCUGCCGCCGCCCGUGCAGCAGGGCCUCGCCCGGCUCGUCGCCGCCUAG